AUGACGGAUAACUUUUUAUGCAAUACUGGAACAUUGGAAGGAGCUCAUGAACGAUUUGUGUUUGUUACACUGGAUGAGAUUGCAAGGGAUUCAAUCAGCAGAAGAUGGCCAAAUAUUCAAAUAUUUCAUUGGCCAACUCCAUCUCUUUAUAAACCAUUUUCUUUUGCCGAGGGAGCGUAUCAAACAAUAUAUUUAUUGAGAUCCAAUUUGGCACUGGCCCUCAUCAAAAAAGGAAAAUCGUUCUGGAUGAUGCAACAAGAUACUUUCUGGAGAAAAAGUAUAUUCGAUUUGAACUAUGAAGACGAUAUGUCGUAUGAUGCGAUAUUUGAUCAGCUAGGAGAUGGAGAUGAUUCGUUGAGAAAAGAAUGGGUGAAUGGAGCAAAUUGGUUCAUUCGGGCGAACAAUGCAACUCAAUUCUUUUUUGAAAGAUUAUCAGAGAAAUUGGCACAUUGGUACACUCCAGAUGUUGGAAUUAUGAUACAUCAAUGCAAUACUUGGGAUAAACCAAAGUGUGCUUACAUUCCCUACAAUGUAACCUAUUCAUGGGAAUGGAUGUUCAGUGACCAAUCAAAUCCACCGUAUCUUCUACAACUAGAUUGCGAGACCAAUGGAGGAACAAAGCUGAUGCAAUUGGGAAGAUAUGGAUUUCAUUUUGUCAAUCCUGAUGGAACUUGUAACAAUGAUAAAAUUGCCUCUGCAAAAUCACGGAUGGAAAACGGAACAGUCGAAGUGCAAAUGACAAAAACUCUCCCAUCCUGGGGACGACUUCAAUUCAAAUUGUAUUGGUACAUCACAGAAUACCUUCUAUGGAUUCCAAUUCUAGGAGAAUAUAUGAGACCUUACUUGGCUCUUGCCGGUUUUAUUUUGAUGAUUACUAUUUGA